UGUUUCAGGAGUUUUUAUGCUAAGCAGUGGUCGUCUGAUAUUCGUCUGGAUGGAAAAACAGCCAUUGUGACGGGAGCAAACAGUGGCAUUGGUAAAGCUACUGCCAAAGACCUAGCUAUGAGGGGGGCCCAUGUAGUUCUGGCCUGUCGGGACAUGGAGAAAGCUGAGAAGGCAGUUGCUGACAUAAUGAGAGAAGUGGAGAGUGCCAGUGUGGUGGCUAUGAAGCUGGAUCUCGCUGACACAAAGUCCAUUUGUGAAUUCGCUGAGAACAUUUACAACACUGAACAAUCCCUGCAUUUCCUGAUCAACAAUGCUGGUGUGGCCAUAUGUCCAUAUCAAACAACUGCUGAUGGCUUUGAGAUGCAAUUUGGGGUCAAUUACUUGGGCCACUUCCUGCUCACCUACCUUUUGCUGGACCUCCUGAAGUACUCCGCACCCUCCCGGGUGAUCAACCUGGGCUCCAUAGCCCACCUCAUUGGCAAGAUCAACUUUGAGGAUGUGAAUAGUGAGAAGCGUUACCAUGCCACGAGAGCCUAUGCGCAGAGCAAGCUGGCCAAUACCCUCUUCACCCGGGAACUGGCCAGGAGAGUAGAGGACUUCGGGAUAACUGCAUAUGCAGUGGACCCUGGGAAGGUGAGCACUGAGAUAAUUAGGCACCUGAGGAGGUCUCUCCAGCUCUUCCUGAGGACUUUUGCCUUCGUCAUGAAAACUCCUGCAGAGGGGUCCUACACAACCCUCUUCUGUGCUGUGACUCCAGAUCUAGAGUCUGGAGGCUACUACAGAGACUGUGCCCCGGCGACGUGCUCCAGGGCUGCCAGUGAUGACCGAACGGCCUGCAAACUGUGGGCUCUCAGCUGCCAACUGCUGGGCAUCUGCUGGGACUGA